AUGCCGUCAUCUGCUGAUAUUGAGUAUCUCAAGCUCUUGCUGUCUGACUCAAAUCUGCCAACUGGUGGUUUCGUAGCUUCUUCAGGACUCGAGUCUUUCGUCGGACACGGUUAUCUAAGCGAAACCAAACUCGUAGACUUUCUAGCAUUCAGUUCUGAGAAUACAUCAAGGACUACACUGCCAUUCAUCAAAGCAGUCUACGCGAUCCUCGAAUUGGAAACCUCGAUCGAUGAGAAGAUAGAUCGACUGAUAAGAUUGGAUAGAAUUCACGAGGCUCAGAUGCUAAACAAUGUUAACAAACGAGCUAGUAAGGCUCAAGGAAUUGCUAUGUUGACGCUUUACACAAAAUCAUUCGGUAAUGAUGCCCUCAUCGGUCGUUUCAAACUACUCACUCGGAAGGCACAAACCGAGGGACAUUUGGCCAUAUGUUGGGCUUUAAUGACAGCCACCUUGGGACUUCCUUUGUAUGAUUCACAACAACUCUCAUUAUUCCUACAAGCACGCUCUGUAUUGAGUGCAGCAGUGAGACUCAAUAUCGUAGGUCCUUAUGCUGCCCAAAAGGUCCUUUUGCACGACGUGCGUCAACUCGUUGAAGUUGCUUUCGAAGCACACAAAUUGGCUAACGUUGAUGAUGAUGAAGGUGACGACGUCGAUGAUAUAGGACCAGCUACCACUUGGCCACUCAUAGAAUUACUCAGCAGUAGACAUGAUAUGCUUCACACAAGGAUCUUCAAUAGUUAA